AUGCUUCCAUCAACGUCAUCACCCAACUUGAAAGUGCCACUAGAACGCGACGAAGAAGGGCGUCCACGAUUCAAAGGCUGUUCGUCGAUCCGCGAAUAUGAAUUUCUGGGAAAGCUUGGAGAAGGCACAUUUGGCGAGGUGUACAAGGCUCGUUCAAAACAUUCCGGAUCAAUUGUUGCGCUGAAGAAAAUAUUAUUACACAAUGAAAAGGACGGGUUCCCCAUUACGGCUCUUCGCGAAAUCAAGCUGCUCAAAGUCUUAUCACACACUAAUAUAAUACGCCUGGAAGAAAUGGCUGUGGAGCGAAGCAGAGGUGAAGGCCGGAAAAAGCCGUCUAUGUACAUGGUGACUCCAUACAUGGAACAUGACCUCGCUGGCCUCUUGGAGAAUCCGAACGUACAUCUUACCGAGCCUCAGAUUAAGUGUUACAUGUUGCAACUCCUAGAAGGGCUACGAUAUCUCCAUCAAAACAACAUCCUUCAUCGUGAUAUGAAAGCGGCCAACCUUCUUAUCAGUAACAGAGGUAUACUUCAAAUUGCAGAUUUUGGUCUCGCGAGGCCAUACGAUGGACAUCCCCCAGCUCCUGGCAAGGGAGGCGGAGAAGCUGUGCGAGAUUAUACUUCGCUCGUUGUAACUCGAUGGUACCGGCCGCCCGAGUUAUUACUUCAGCUUCGACGUUAUACGACGGCGAUAGAUAUGUGGGGAGCUGGGUGCGUUUUCGGCGAAAUGUUUAAGGGCAAACCCAUACUUGCUGGAAGCAGUGAUUUAAACCAGGCCCAACUCAUAUUUACUCUCGUUGGUUCUCCAACUGAGGAGACCAUGCCCGGCUGGAGUGCUCUCCCCGGAUGUGAAGGGGUGAAAUCAUGGGGUUCCAAACCAGGAAACCUUUCAACCGUCUUCAGAGAACAAGGACCCGGCGCCAUAUCAUUGCUUUCUGAGCUUCUUAAACUUGAUUGGCGUAAGCGAAUCAACGCGAUUGAUGCACUAAAACACCCUUAUUUCUUGAAUCCACCCCUUCCUGCCCGCCCUGGUGAUCUGCCUCAAUUUGAGGAUUCGCAUGAGCUUGAUAGAAGGAAAUUUCGUGGGCAAAAGGCGAUGCCGCCCGCGCCCGCCGGUGGCUCUGUCGGCAUGGGUGCCAACGGCGAAUGGACAUCCGGCUCAGGGGUGAGGGUCCCACCAGAUCCGAAAUUGAAUAGCCGGAUACCUAGUGCUGCACGCAACGGUCCGAGAGGAGCCUACGACAGUCGUGUUCCAGACUCUGCUCGUGGCCAUAAACGACAAGCAUCGGACGAUCACCCUCCGCGUUCACGCGACCCAAGCAUUCACGGAAGACCACCGGGCCAACUCCCCGGAAGGCCGAAUGCUGCCACAUGGCGUGGCGGUGAUCGUCGGGAGCAGCGUGGCCGUGAUGAAUGGGAUCGCCACCGUUCUCGUGAUUCCUACGUUCCUAAGUAUGACGAUGAUUCCACUUCUGUUUCCCGAAGAGACAAUCUCGAUAGUCGACCUCGUGCAGACUCCCGUGGAGAUAGGUUUUAUAGACCUAGCCGAAGCAGAAGUCCCGAAAGGCCACGCAGCCGUGCUGGCGAUGGGGAUUCACAUAACAUUUAUAGGCGCUGACCUUUGUUGUUCUCGCCCUUUCUGGAGUAGGCAUUGUCUUUCUAGCAGCGCCUUCACACCUUUUUAGCUUGGGAUUUAUUCACUGACAUUCGGCGUAUUGAUGCAUUUUCAUGUUGGGGCGUCUAAAGCUGGAUUCAUGGAUGAUAUCAUGCAUUUGCCUGGCGUUUUCAGGAUAUCUAUAUGGGUAAUGGGCCAUACUUUCUCGAAUAUGUUAAGCUCUCAUAGAACGCACAUAGCAGACACCCACAUUGGGGGUGGUCAAUGCUUUCGCACAUACGUUGAACAGCGGCGAUUUCCAGAUUUGGCAUUUUUGGGGAGGUUUCGCAGGAACUUUAUAAUAAUGAAAUCUCCUGAUCAACUGAA